CCGUGAGCGCCUAGCUACUUCCGGCGCACCGCGGGCGGAAGGCACGAUUCCGAGUCACCUGACCGUGGAGUGGGCUAGAUAUGGCGUCUUCUUUGGUAGCGGGCGAGCGACUGGUACGCGCUUUGGGCCCGGGCGGGGAGCUGGAGCCAGAGCAGCUCCCCCGAAAGUUGCGGGCCGAGCUUGAGGCUGCGCUGGGAAAGAAUCACGCGGGAGGUGACAGCUCCAGCAGCUGCAGCGGCCCCCAACGUUUGGUUUCCUUCCGUCUGAUCCGGGAUCUACAUCAGCACCUGAGAGAAAGGGAUUCCACACUAUACCUUCAUGAGCUCCUGGAAGGCAGUGAAAUCUAUCUCCCAGAGGUUGUGAAGCCUCCCCGGAACCCAGAGCUAGUUGCCCGGCUGGAGAAGAUUAAGAUACAGCUGGCCAAUGAGGAAUAUAAGCGGAUCACCCGCAAUGUCACCUGUCAAGAUUCAAGACAUGGUGGGACUCUCAGUGACCUGGGAAAGCAAGUGAGAUCAGUGAAGGCCCUGGUGAUCACCAUCUUCAACUUCAUUGUCACGGUGGCAGCUGCCUUUGUCUGCACUUACCUUGGAAGCCAGUAUAUCUUCACAGAAAUGGCCCCGCGGGUGCUGGCUGCAUUGAUCGUCGCCUCAGUGGUGGGUCUGGCCGAGCUGUUUGUCAUGGUGCAGGCAAUGGAAGGCGAGUUGGGAGAGCUGUAACUGGUGCUUCAUCAUCAAAGUCUGGAGAAGGCUUGAGGGCUUCAGGCUCCCAACUGACUCUUAGUCAAUCCCUCAGUCUGUUUAUACUGAGCUACAGUUAGUCAGAGGCCACCUGGCGUUCUUAUGGUAGAGAGCCCCAUCUGUGAAUUUCCAGAGGGAGAAGUGGAGGAGAUUCAGACAACAACACAUCUUUAAAACUAAAAGGAUUGGUCUAUCAGUACCUUCUCCUGAACCUGGUGCCCAUCUGCCUUCUCCAUUCCCUUCUGGGCACUGCUUGGACUGGGGUUUUUCCAUCACAAGUAAAUGGAAUCCAGGCCUUCCCAGAAGUAGACCACACUGCCUUGAACUUGUCCAAGUGCACAAAUCAGUCACCAUCUUUUUCCAUACAUUUUUGGUCCAGACCUGUAAUUGAGAUCUAAAGCCUCCAAGAAAGCAGAAAGGAUCCCCUUUCUCCAGUUUAUGUGGGAAGAGGAAGUGAUCAGAGGAGAGACAUCAAAUAAGAGAAAGAUAGGUUGGUAUAGGAUAGUGGAAAUGGAAACAAGGCAGCUAACUUUUUGGAAAAAGAAAUGAUAUUAGGCCCUUUUUCCAGAAGAUAAAACCUUAGACUGAGAAAGAUCCAAUGACCAGUUGUGGUCUUUCCUCUGUUAAAUGGAGCCAAAGACUCCUGUGUUGUCCUGAAGUCUCUGUAAUGUUUAACUUCUGAGAACUUAGGUUAAUGGUGUGAUGAUAGAAUCCGUACAAUGCACGGUACAAUGUAAAAGGGUGUAUCUGCCUUAUUUAUUCAAUAAAUAUGUAUUCAGUGUA